AUGUUCAGAACCAAUUUAUUGAAUAUCUAUGAUCCCGAUCUCCCAAUAAAAAUUUACACAGAUGCUAGUAUAAAAGGAGUGGGAGCGGUUUUAAAACAAGAAGAUAAAAACGGGGACAAUAGACCGGUUGCUUACUUUUCAAAAAAAUUAAACGAAGUUCAAAAAAAGAAGAAGGCGAUUUAUUUAGAAUGUUUAGCAAUAAAAGAAGCUGUGAAAUAUUGGCAACACUGGCUUAUGGGAAAAGAGUUUAUGGUAUACUCCGAUCAUAAACCCUUAGAAAAUAUGAACAUCAAGUCUAGAACCGAUGAAGAAUUAGGCGAUUUGACAUAUUAUUUAUCCCAAUAUAAUUUUAAAAUUAAAUAUAACCCAGGAAAAUCAAAUCAAGAAGCAGAUUGUUUAAGCAGAAACCCAGUUCUAGAACCUUAUGAUAAUAAUGAUGAUUUUUUAAAAGUAGUCAAUAUCAUAAACCUAGAAGAUAUAAAGAAUGACCAAAACAUAAAUCUAGAUAUAGAAAAAGAAAAACUUAUAUUUGAAAAUGAAAUUUACCAUAAAAAGAAUUCAAAAAGUAAAAAAAUUAUACUAUCUGAAGAACUUAGCAAGACUCUUAUAAAAGAUGUCCACGACACUUACUGCCACAUUGGGAGAACUCAGAUGAUAAGUAAAAUAACACCAUUCUACACAGCAAAGAAUAUCAUAGCAAACAUUAAAAAAAAUUGUGAUGAAUGUGAAAUUUGUAUAAAAAACAAAUCAAGGCGGAAGUCGAAAUAUGGCUUAAUGUCACAUCUGGGUCCACCAACACGCCCGUUUGAAAUUAUUUCUAUUGAUACCAUUGGAGGCUUUGGAGGAUCACGGUCGACAAAAAAAUACUUACACCUUUUGGUCGAUCAUUUUACAAGAUAUGCAUAUAUUUUAACAUCAAGAAAUCAAAGCUCCAGUGAUUUUAUUAAACUAAUUAAAAAUGUGACACAGAGUUAUAAUAUUGAUAUGGUACUAACCGAUCAAUACCCUGGAAUAAAUUCUAAAGAAUUUAAAGAAUUCCUAAUAAAUGAAAAUAUACGAAUGGUUUUCACUGCUGUGGAUUCACCUUUUUCAAAUGGACUUAAUGAAAGGCUUAAUCAAACUUUAGUCAAUAAGAUAAGAUGUAAAAUAAAUGAAAGUGAUAAAAAGAUAGCAUGGACUACUAUUGCACAGAAAUGUGUGGAAAAAUAUAACGAAACGGAACACACAGUUACGAAAUUUGCUCCAAAAUACCUUUUGGAAGGCGAGAAUGUGAAUAUCCUACCAUGCGAAUUGUAA